CCUCGGCGCGGCCAUGGCGGAGCCCUCGCGGCCGCAGCGGAAGUUGUCCCGGGUCGGGGAGAGCCUGUACCGCGUGCUGGGGCUGCAGAAGGGCAGCUCCCCCGAGGAGAUCAAGAAGGCUUAUCGGAAGCUGGCUCUCAAGUACCAUCCAGACAAGAACCCCGAUGACCCGGCAGCAGCCGAGCGGUUCAAGGAGAUCAACAGCGCCCACGCCACCCUGAGCGACGCGGACAAGCGGCGCCUGUAUGACCAGUACGGCUCCCUUGGCCUCUACGUGGCCGAGCAGUUCGGCGAUGAUGCUGUCCGGCACUACUUCCUUAUGUCCAAGUGGUGGUUCCAGGCACUCUUGCUGUGCUGCGGUGCCCUCACCUGCUGCUGCUGCUGCUGCUGCUGCUUCUUCUGCUGCGGGACAUGCUGCCCGCCCAAGGAGGACGAGUCCUACAAGUAUGUGGACCCCAAGGACCUGGAAGCACAGAUGCGUGCAGAGGACGGCGAUCCUCAGAUCCCUGUUGUAGCACAGCCCCCACCUGCCAGCACAGAGCCGCUGCCAGCCAGCACCAGGAGUGAUGCCUGAGGCCGGCCCCAUCCUGCCGACUCCCCCAGGACCUGGGGCAGGGAUUCUCCUUUGGGACUGUCACUUUUUGGGACCGUGGUCCCGCCCUACC